GGAAAUUGUAUCGUCGCCUUUGUUCCAGCUUGGCCAGUGUUUUGUUGCUUUUUGGUUUGAACAUGUCUUAGUCCUUGUUUGGCGUCGUGGUCGGGGAUGCUAAGUUGACACGCCACGGACAAGUUUGGUAUUUCACCGAGCCGACGACUAAGACGACUGAAUGAACCAUGAUCUGAGGUGUGACUGCAUUGACAUGUCUCAGCCUGAGUCCUGCGUUGCUGUGCGGGACUGGUUGAGUGGCCUUCGUCUCGAACAGUAUUGUGAGGCUUUUGAGGGUGCAGGCCUGUCCACUUUAGCGGAAUGCCUCAACCUCACCACAGACCAGCUGGAGCUGAUGGGAAUCUCACUGCCGGGCCAUCGGCGACGCAUCCUGGCUAACCUGAACAAAUCUCGAGAUGUCCCAUCUCCGCCACAGUUUGACGCCUAUACAAUCGAUCUACCAGUUGAGAGACCAGAGAGAGAUCAACAAUUGGAGGAGAACGAGCACCGUAGAGCGUCACCGAGUGGGGGCUCACCAGUCCUUGUUCAGCAGGACAAAGGUGUCCUGAACGAAGAUCAACAGACCACUGAAUCUUCAGUUGGAGACGGAGAAAAAACAGUCCCUCGAAACAAACAAGUGUCCAGAAUGAAGGAAGAAAUUGAAGAAGACAGGAUGACAAAUGUUCAACCUAAAGCGGAAUGCAUUGCGGUUGAAGGAGUAGAUGCAGAGAAGAAGAGGCCAGUUCCAAAAGAGAGGACAAAGUUCCAUCUCAAUGUUCCAGUGCUAUUGGACUCUCAACCUUCUUUGCCCCCAGUCCCACCACGGAGGACUUUGAACUCCCCUCCACAGCGCUUCAUCUCCGCCUUAACUCCCUCACCCUCUGCACAAAGCCCCGCUUCACCCUACCAGCCCAUUAAUGCCGUCGAAAUGGAAACUGCUCCGAGUAGUCCUUUGUCCUACACUCUGACCCAGAACCCUUCACAAGGACCUGUCCAGCCGCCUUGGGUACCCACCUCCCAAACACACUUGCAGACAUUAUCCCUUCCAGUGCCAGCUCCCGAUUCAAGCAGUGAUGGAACACAAAAAAUCCCUCCCACCUCCUUCACAACCUCUUCCCCCAGGGAAAGGAGAACAGCUCCACCACUGCCUCCAAAAGUUGGGGCUGCGCCAAGAGGCCCUCCGAGACUUCCAUGCAGGCGUCCUGCACUGUCUUCCAGAACUCACAGGGCGCCUUCUAGCAACAUGGACCAACAGCUUCAAGACCAUACUCCAAGGGUUCCUCCUCGCAUCAAGACUUCUCAAACUCAAGAAAUCCCACAGCAGUCAAGUCAAGAUGACCACCAACCUGGCCUGCCUGCUCGAGGAGCCCUCCAGUCAGCGCCUCAGACAACGCUGUCGUCCCUUGAUGGUGACUCUGAUGACUAUGAAGAAGUGGACGUAUCUUAUGCCAGCGUUAGCCAAGGGAACCCUCUAGAAAGUGAAAUGUCCCUGCAAGUUCCUGUUGUAGCGGCAAAGGGGCGAUAUAGUUCUUUGUGCAGCGACGACGAAGUAUUAGAUGACGAUGAAUCGAGUGUUUGGGAGGAUUCAGGCCUUAACAGCCUUCAAAGCAGCAUCUACUUACCUACCUUUGGCAGACUGGCUACACUCCCUAAAGAAGACAGCUCUCAGGCCCCUGCAGUUAUCAGGAAGGGCUGGCUGGACAAGAAUCCCCCACAGGGGGUUCUCUAUUAUCAGAGGCGAUGGGUAAAACUCGACGUGGACUACCUGAGAUACUUCGACAAUGACAAGCAAGUGUAUUCGAAAGGCAUCAUCUCCACCGCGUCGGUAACUAAUGUGACCAGUGUGGGGGAGCUGAAGUUUGAGGUCAUCACAAGCAAUCGGACGUUUAUCUUCAAGGCUGAAAGCGAAGCUGAGAGAAACGAGUGGGUGACCGUGCUGCAGGACUGCACAAGAGGGCGCCAGAGGCGCAGUAUAAUAAGCCCGAGCUUGCCUUUGACGCCACAUUUCAAAGGCUAUUUGGAACUGAAAGGUUUACGCUCCAAACUUUUUACAGUUGUGGCCACGGAUAAGGUCUUUCUCUAUAAAAACAUGGAGGACUACCGUAUCGGAGUGGGUAUCACAUCCAUUGACAUGAACGUAGGAAAUGUUAAAGUCACGGAUCGUCGCAGCUUUGAUCUCACUACGCCUUACCGCAUUUUCAGUUUCAUAGCGGAGUCGGAGCAACUGAAAGAUCAGUGGGUGGACGCAAUGAGGGAUUCCAUAGGUGAGGCCUUGUCCAAUAGCGAGGUCGCGGAUCGCAUAUGGGCGGAGCCAAGCAACAGUUUCUGUGCUGACUGCGGGGCUCCUAAGCCGGAAUGGGCAGCCAUCAACUUGUGUGUGGUGGUCUGCAAACGAUGUGCAGGAGAGCACAGAGGCCUGGGUCCUAGCAUCUCAAAGGUUCGUAGUCUGAAAAUGGACAGGAAGGUUUGGACCGAGGAGCUUAUACAGGUGUUCCUUUUGCUUGGCAAUGAGCGAGUUAACGGUUUCUGGGCAGCCAACGUCCCACCAAGCGAGGCUCUGUCGCCCUCGAGCUGCAGCGACGACCGGCGACGUUUCAUCACUAACAAGUACCGCCACGGCAAAUACAGGAAGUACCACCCUCUGUACGGAAACCAGAAGGAGCUCAAUAAUGCGUUGUGCAUAAAUGUGCAGUGCAGUGACGUGCUGGAGACAUUAAGCCUGAUUUUCUGUGGCGCAGAUGUUAAUUGUUCCACUGGCAUGGCCAGUUGCCCCUCUCCCCUCUCCCUGGCCAACACACACUCGCAGCGCUUGCAAGCUGAGCUACUGAGCCACAAUCAGAACACAGAGCUUCCUUGCUCCGAGGUGGAAGCAGGGAUGGAAGAAGUGCAAUUCUCAGCCCCAACGUGUGUCUAUCACAAUGGCUUUCUAUUCAAGACCGGCUCUAUGGCUCGGGCCAUCACAGAACGCAAGGCCAGAGAGGAGUUCAGUCGACGAUGGUGCACACUUAAUGACGGAACCUUCAGCUACUACGAGAGUGACAAGAACUCCAAUCCUAACGGAGUUCUGAAAGCCUCAGAAAUAGUUUGUCUGGCCGUCGAUGCACAUGAGAAACAUGGGUACGAACACACUUUUGAGCUCUACUCUGAAUCAGAGCGCCUCUAUCUGUUUGGCACAGACGACCCCAACAGCCACAAAGAAUGGGUCAAGUCCAUUGCCAAGAGCUUCAUCCCGGCCAAAGCCGAGCCUAUCCUGAGGUUAGGUUUUGAACGGAUCGGGCGCCUGAAGUGUAAAGACGGACUAAACCUGCAAACAUCCAAGGUGGGCUGGUUUGCUCUGGUGGGCUCCACUCUGCACGCCUACCUGGAGAACAGCCAGGGAGAGGAGAUCCACCUGCGCAAGCUCAAUGAACUCUCCAUUCAACAGGAUAAUGAGGUGCUGGUUUUGGUGGAGAGAGGAAGAACACUGUACAUCGAGGGUGAGAGGAAGUUGGACUUUGCCGGCUGGUGCGCCGCCAUACAGACGGCAGCAGGCAGCGGAGGAGACACUCUGAGUCAGCAGCAGCUGACCGACACAGACAUACCAGUCAUAGUCCACAGCUGUAUCGACUACAUCACGCAGUGCGGCCUAACGUCGGAGGGGAUUUAUCGCAAAAGCGGUGUGAAUUCCCGUGUCGCAGCUCUGUGCGAGAGAUUUCGGCAAGAUGCUCGCAGCCUCCGCCUGAGGGAAGGAGAGCACCAGGUGGACGACGUAUCCAACACACUCAAGCGCUUCUUUAGGGAGUUAGAAGAAGGGCUCUUUACGUCUGAAGAUGGCGGCACCUGGCUUACUACGGCUGCCAUUCAGGAUGCAAGUAUGAAAAUCUCCCAGUAUCAAGUGCUUUUGAACAAACUGCCUCGUGUUAACAGGGCGACACUACGGGCCCUUAUCAACCAUCUCUACUGCGUGCAGCGUUUUUCUGAGCUCAACCAGAUGAAUCUUCAUAACUUGGCCAUAGUGUUUGGUCCCACGUUGUUCCAGACGGACGGAAAGGACUACACGGCCGGCCGCUCCAUCGAGGACCUCAUACAGUUCUACACGCUCAUCUUUCAGGUGGACGAGCAGCAGCUAAAAAAGCAGCUGGAGGAGAUCACCGCUAUCAUCCAAGUGCGGGAGAAGCUGAACACAAAAUUUCCUAGUACGGAACCGGGUGGGCAUUUCAUCUGUACAGUUUACUUAGAGGAAAAGAAGGAGACUGCUGAGCAACAUGUCAAGAUCCCGGCAUCUAUGACAUCUGCAGAGCUGACCUGCGAGAUACUGGACAGGCGCAACAUCGCGGUGAAAGACAAAGAGUACUGGAACUGCUGGGAGGUCAUUGACAAGGAAGAGAUAGAACGUCCUCUGCACUAUCAGGAGAGAGUCUUACCCAUCCUUCACUCUUUCGGCACCGACUCCCACCUGCUCAUCAAGAAACACGUCGCCAUGGAAGCCAUGAUGGUGUACCUGGCUACUAAGGUUGACCCAUCCAAACACGGCAUCAUGAAGUUCAGAGAGGAGCGCAGCAUCCUGGGCUUGGGACUCUCCUCCGGAAGUUUCCACGACCGAUACUUCAUCCUCAACUCCAGCUCUCUUCGAAUGUACAAGGAAGUGCGAAGUAACCGUCCGGAACGUGACUGGCCGGUAAGGAACCUGAGGAUCUACUUGGGGGUCAAGAAGAAACUCCGUCCUCCCACAUGCUGGGGCCUGACGGUGGUCUAUGAGAGUAAGAAGCAAGAGAAGCCAGAAAGACAGCAGUGGUAUCUCUGCUGUGACACUCAGCCAGAAAUGAGGGAGUGGUAUGCUACAUUUAUGAGUAUUCAGAACGACGGUGACGUGUGGCCGCAGGACGGACUCCAGCCGAGCCGGGUGAGCCGCGUGUUGCCGGACACGCGUCACGGUAACGUGUCAUUGAUACCGCUGCGUGGCAGUGAGAAUGAGAUGCGGAACAGCGUAGCAGCUUUCAGCCAAGAUCCGCUUGCUCUCUUUAGAGAUGUUCGAUAGUGGACGCUGCACUAAGGGCAGGCGCUCGGCGUCCUUCCACCCCGCAGUGACAUCAUAGGUCUGGGACUCCUCAUGAAGAACCGCAGCAACAGGCGGAGCACAUGGACAAAAGGACCAAGGGUAAACUGAACUUGACACUUUGUCAUCCUGUUGGUUUCUGCCAUCUCGGCAAGGGUCAAGCGUGAGCCCUCAGCCUGCACUCCAUUUUGGUCACUUUUUUUUUUUUUUUUUCUUGCAUUGCAUUAUGGGCCAGGAGCGUUAAAAACGGUCGGAAGGAAAGGUUUUUUUUUUUUCCCAGAAGGAUUUUGAAAAUGCAAUCAUUGGUUUUGUGAGCGCAGCGAGUUGAGAUGGAAGAUGCUGGACGCGGAGAAGUUUGUACUGUGAGUCGUCGUGUUUUUGUGUGUGUUGUUGUUGUUGUUGUGAAGGACACACUUCGAAAUAUUCACCUAACACCGUUUUGUAUUUUGGUGCGAAACAAACGUUCUGAAACAAUCUGUCAAUAGCUUACCAAGAGCGCCCCCUGUAGGUCAGAAACUCUUGCACAGCCGUCGUAUUUAUUGAAGAAAAUAUAGAAUAGUAAAUUGUUUACAUAGCAUUUGUGUGUUUUAGUGGGGAUGUGUAAUUAUAGCCCCUCUUCAUAAUGCAUAAUAAUUCAUAUUAAUCACAAAUGAAACUUUUCUUUUUUUUUCUUUUUUUUUUGUAAGACAACAAGUUGGCCUAAAUGUUGAAUCUCCAGCGGCCUUUUUCAUAUCAAUCCAGCUAAUAAAGAUGAAUGUGGUUCUGUUUA